UUCCCAAGCAGUGACCAAGGAGGGAGACCUCCCCUUCCUUCCAGCUCAGCCCCAAGGGAAGAGAAACUAGUGCCUCUUUCCUAUUGGUCCAGCCAGAGUCGCAGGUUGCUUGGUCUGUCUUGAAUCUGCCCAGCUGGGAACUAAUCAUUUUAGAAAGGUGAAUGGAAUAUGCAGGUUGGCCAGACCUGUUUCACAUGCCCACACCUGGAGCUAGGGAGUGGGGUUAGCCCUCCCAGCAGGCACAUGGAUUAAAGGGAAGCGAGAAGGCCCCCCAAGCCCAUCAGGAUGGGGGAAAGGAAUCUGGGCAGGCACAAACUAUCGGUAAUCUUUGAAGAGAAGUCAGAAUGAGUAGUUAGGAAUGCAGGUGAGAACACUGCUGUGGUGGGAGACGGGGGCUGUGGUCCUAAGCCUUAGGACCUAAGGGAUCCUGGGAGCUCAAGUUUAAGCUGAGGGCAUACCAGGACAUGGGUCCCGUUGGCUGUGUGGCAUGGGCACCUCCAGGAUGAAGAUGUCUCCGGUCAGCUUUGGAGGCAAGAUGGCGGCUGGGCCAAAUGGGCUUGAGGAGUGGGUGGGCAGUGCAUACCUGUUUGUGGAGUCCUCGCUGGACAAGGUGGUCCUGUCAGACGCUUACGCUCAUCCCCAGCAGAAGGUGGCGGUGUACAGGGCUCUUCGGGCUGCAUUGGCAGAGAGUGGGAGCCCUGACGAGUUGCAGAUGCUCAAGAUCCACCGCAGCGAUCCGCAGCUGAUUGUGCAGCUGCGUUUCUGCGGACGCCAGCCCUGCGGCCGCUUCCUCCGCGCCUACCGCGAGGGGGCGCUGCGCGCUGCACUGGAGGGCCGCUUGGCUGCAUCGCUCUCACUGUACUCGGUGCCUUUGCAACUGGAGCUGCGCGCCGGCGCGGAGCGGCUGGACGCCUUGCUGGCGGAUGAGGAGCGUUGUUUGAGUUGCAUCUUUGCCCAGAAGCCUGACCGGAUCCGGGACGAGGAACUCGCGGAGUUGGAGGAUGAGCUCCGGAAUUUGACUUUUGGCUCAGGGGGCCAGGGUGGCAACGUAGAGGUACCUCCAGCCCCCUUGCAGUCCCUGGCCCCGUCUCCGUCGGAGAAGCCACCGCCACCGCCACCAUCUGGCCAGACUUUUAUGUUCCAGGGUCAGCCCAUAGUGAACCGGCCACUAAACCUGCAGGAUCAGCAGACGUUUGCGCGCUCAGUGGGCCUCAAAUGGCGCAAGGUUGGGCGCUCCCUGCAGCGUGGCUGUCGCGCACUGAGGGACCCAGUGCUUGACUCCCUGGCCUAUGAAUACGAGCGCGAGGGGUUGUACGAGCAAGCCUUCCAGCUACUGAGGCGCUUCGUGCAGGCCGAGGGCCGCCGCGCCACGCUGCAGCGCCUGGUGGAGGCGCUCGAGGAGAACGAGCUCACCAGCUUGGCAGAGGACUUGCUGGGCCUGGCGAAUCCUGAUAGCACCCUGGCCUAGGCUGGGUACCAGACACAAGGACGGUCAGCCAGUUGCCCAGCCAGGGUUUGAAGCACCUGGAUGACUCUAGGGUCCCUUCUUGCUGCUACGGCUGCCCUGUCCAUUCACAGGACUUACAACCCUCCUUAGUGGAGCUGCUGGGCAGAAUUGACUGCCUUCUCCAGGAGUCAGACAGGCACCCACCAUGCCUGCUGGGGUGCCAUUGGGGAUUCCGCCCCAGAUACUAUGAUAGGGACGGAGUGUGGGGGUGGUCUGCUGCAGAGGUCGGCCUCACCUCACCUGUCCCACAAGGGGGGCUUUUGGCCAGCCCUUACCUCUUCUCUCAUUGCACAGUCACUCAUUAGGCACCCUCUGUGUUUUAGGCAUCAUCCUGGGUGCUACAAAUACUUUGGUGAACAAGACACAGGAAGCCUACCUGCUCCCAGUUCACACUCAGUAUGGGACUCCCAAGUAUUAAGCAACAGUAAUAAAAUGUUACCCGUUUCUCUUUUU